AUGCAAACUUCUUCUGUUAAUACCUCGCAUUAACAAUAGCAAUAACAGCAAAGCAAAGAAGAGAGUAAAUUAAAAAGUCUAUUGUAGGGUAGCUAUGAUUACAUUCAUAGAGAAACUGGGAAAAUGAUUUAGAAAAAACUUUAUAAGAGAGCAUUUUAGUUGUUAGAGAAGUUUUAUAAUCAGCGAAAGGAUCUGGAAUUAGGGGAGAUGGUAAUGUUGAAUCGAAGAAUAAUCAAUUGCAUUAACAAAAUCCUAAAACAAGGAUUGCUCAAACCUGAUAUCGAACAAGACAGACCGGAGACUAUGCUCAACAUAUUCCAUCGAGGGAGUCAAGCCCUGUUCGAGUUAUACAAAUACAUUAAUCUCUAUAUAUAAAAGGUGAUACCGAAUGAGAUGAAGGGAGUUGUUUUGGAGGAAGUAUCUCAUUUGACAAGUUCUGAUGAGGAAGGAGAGGAAAGGAUUAAGGAACACGAAGUCACAGUACUGUUCUACAAAAUCAAUCAAUACGACAAGCCAAAAAAGGAGAGAAGUAAAAAAUAAGCUAAGGAAUUGAACCCUUACGAAUAGGAGAUUUCGGAAUCGAGUAGGAUAGCUAAUAUGAUUGUCAAGACCAUGAAGCCUCUGAACAUUCAAUUUGAGUUGGAUCAGUACUUUUAUAACUUGAUCGAACUUCAAUUAAUGGCCAAUUUAAUUUUUAAGAAGGCAAACAAACCGAAGGUGGCUUAUUACUAUUUGGUGGAAGCCUAAAGAAUUGCUAAACACAUUUUAGACACUCCGAAUCCAAAUCUAGUAAAUGCAUGUGCGAGAGUCAAGAUAUACUUUGCAAAUUAUUUAUACGAGAUAGGUGAGUAUAAGGAAUCACUAAGGUAUGCAGAGGAAGCCAUAGUAAUCUUAUGUGGAGAGAUGAGGAUUAGGAUUAAUUAGGAAAAAUUCGUCUAGAAGAAAAACAAAUAGAAGGAGAGAAGAAGAAUGAAAAGAUGUGUGAUAACAACAUUAUCAGCAUUAAUCACUAUGAUGUGUAGUUAUGAGGCAGAAAAUAAUUAUCAUAGGAUUGUUGAAACUUUAACUACAGCCAGUUGGUUGGCUGACAAAUACAUCUAAGGAAUUGAUGAGUUUAAAAAACAUAUUGUCAAAUUGGCAAGCGAAGGCAAACACAGAUUGGAGCAGAAUCUAAAAGACUUAGCAGAUUUGAGUUACAUAGCCGAAUCUAUUUUGGACUCAGAAUUGCAUAAGAUUAGAAACACUCAAAGGGAUUAAAGAGAACAAUCCGAAUCUGACUAUUUAAAGAAAUUCAAUAGUGAUAUGUUCAAUCUAUUCUAAAUCAAAUCAUUGAAUCAAUAGUUGUAUUUUAAAACCUAAAUAAAGGAAGAAUAGAAAACUAAAUAAUAAUUUGAUAAUAAAAUAGUUGAAUAGUCAUAACCUCAUGGUACUGAUGCUUCAAUCAACAUCUUUGAUAGUGAUUCAAAUAGUUAGGAUAGCUUUUUUGAUGGCAGUUUCUUUGCCCCAUCCAUUGACAACUUAUAAUUCGACUCAAAAUUAUUUGAGGAUAAAAGACCCUUGUCCACCUCUAGAAAGCCAAAUAAUAGGAAAAUAGUUAAACCAAAAAGAAAGUAAGGUAAGUCUGUAGGCUUAAUUAAAAUCGGCAUAGAAAGACCUUAAGAUUAUAAAUCAAGGAUCUUGACAACUACUCAAUAUUUUAAUGAAUAUUAGAAACCUAAAGUGUAGGAAGAGAAGAAGAAUGUAAGCAAUAUAGGGGCGUUGUUAAAAAGACAAUUGGAAAAUUUAGAAUAUAGAGAACAUCCAGAUCGAGAUGAACAUCACAAGUAGGAUUUGGAUGUAUAUGUUAACAAAAUGGUGAAUGGAAAGAUUCAAUCCAAUGAAAUUAGAGAUUAUAAUGAUAUAUUGGGACAAUUAUUCACUCUGAGAAAGAAAGAAGAUUUCGAUAAAAAGGAGUUUUAGUUUGGUAAAAGGAUGCUAAAUCUGAAAGCCAAAGAAGAGAUCAUGUUUUAUAAGGAAUCUUUUAAGACACCUCCAGUCAAAGUUGAGAUUGAUACGAAAGUCAAAGAUCAAGCACAUAUCAUAGAUGGUAAGGUAACUGCAGAGAAGGAAUUGAAGGACUUAAAGAGGAGAAAGAUAGAUAAGAUGGUUGCUGGUAAAAAGAUAGUUUAAACUAAUGUGAACAUUGAUCUAAAGGAUCCAGAAGAAACCAAUUAUUUAAAAAAAGUGUUAGAGAAGAGUAAGAAGAAAAAACUUAAGGAUUUAAUCUAUAAGCAUAGAGAGGCAUUGGGGUUAGCUAAAUUCUUUGCCAAUUAGAUGAGGGAAAUGAGAGAAAAAGAAAGGAUCUUAAAGCUCAAAUCAGCCUUGGAGAAAGAAAUAUCAGUGGAUGUUCCAGAUAAUCAAAGCCAAUAAUAAUUGUAGACAAAAUAAAAGAAGAAUGUUAAAAUAGUAGUACAAUAAGGAGACAAAUAGUAAUAAACACAACAGGUGUCUUUAUAGCCUUCUUAAGUGCAAUAAUCAUAUGCUGGAACUGAAGAUCCCAAGAACUUAGGGCAAGUAUCCUUAAUUUAAUAGAAAUCAAAUUCGUAAACUACUUUACCUAAGACAAUACUUAAAAGGCACAAGGACAUUUCGAGUGUAAAAGAAAGUCCCUAAGAAAGUUAAACGUUAAUUCCAAUGGAUGCUUAAGGAACAGACUUAAUUUUAAGGUAAGAAAAGCUAUAGAAGGCAAAAAGAGUUGUAAAGGAUUAGAUUGAGAAGCAGUAGAAGAAGUCCCAUCAGGUUAUUGGAAUGAUAAUAGAUGCAGUGGAAAGGAAAAUGGAUGUUGAAAAUAAAGAGUUGAAAAAGAUGCUAUUUAAGUAGAAAGGAGGAUCGAAACAAUAUGUUGAUGACGAUGAGAGAACUUAUCUAAAAUUUAUGCCCAAGUUUGCAGAUAUGAGUAGAUCAACUUAUUUAAUGUACAUAAAGAAGGAAUUGGCAGAUAAAUAGACUAUCACCUUAGAAGAUGUUGUGAGAGCCAAUAUGACUAGAAAAAACUAGUUAGCAGAUAUGGCAGCAUAAAUGUUCAAGGAUAUUGGAUAGCAUAUCUGA